AUGGCUGGUACUGACCCAGCCGUCACCAUGGCUGGUACUGACCCAGCCGUCACCAUGGCUGGUACUGACCCAGCCGUCACCAUGGCUGGUACUGACCCAGCCGUCACCAUGGCUGGUACUGACCCAGCCGUCACCAUGGCUGGUACUGACCCAGCCGUCACCAUGGCUGGUACUGACCCAGCCGUCACCAUGGCUGGUACUGACCCAGCCGUCACCAUGGCUGGCACUGACCCAGCCGUCACCAUGGCUGGUACUGACCCAGCCGUCACCAUGGCUGGUACUGACCCAGCCGUCACCAUGGCUGGUACUGACCCAGCCGUCACCAUGGCUGGUACUGACCCAGCCGUCACCAUGGCUGGUACUGACCCAGCCGUCACCAUGGCUGGUACUGACCCAGCCGUCACCAUGGCUGGUACUGACCCAGCCGUCACCAUGGCUGGUACUGACCCAGCCGUCACCAUGGCUGGUACUGACCCAGCCGUCACCAUGGCUGGUACUGACCCAGCCGUCACCAUGGCUGGUACUGACCCAGCCGUCACCAUGGCUGGCACUGACCCAGCCGUCACCAUGGCUGGUACUGACCCAGCCGUCACCAUGGCUGGUACUGACCCAGCCGUCACCAUGGCUGGCACUGACCCAGCCGUCACCAUGGCUGGCACUGACCCAGCCGUCACCAUGGCUGGCACUGACCCAGCCGUCACCAUGGCUGGUACUGACCCAGCCGUCACCAUGGCUGGCACUGACCCAGCCGUCACCAUGGCUUUCACUGACUUGUGGCAAUAA